ACCAACCAAGGCUGGCGGAAGAAACUCAGGCACGGCUCUGAUGACAUCACUUCCGGGCGCCAGGUUCGGCGUCGCUGUGCCCGAGAAGGGGAAGCAAGCUAGGUAGAGGAGAGGCGAGCUACGGUUCUCCAGGAAGAAAUCAUCUAUAGAGUAGUAAGUAUGCCAAUACUGAAUAAGACAGCAGGGGUCUUUUCUAUACCAUCAAAAGGGAACCUUUAUGGAGUUUUAAGAAGUUUUACUUUUCAUCCUGGAACACGAUUUCUUCAUAAACUAGUAUUGGGAAUUGAAACCAGCUGUGAUGAUACAGCAGCUGCUGUGGUGGAUGAAGCUGGAAAUGUGUUGGGAGAAGCAAUACAUUCCCAAACUGAAGUUCAUUUAAAAACAGGUGGGAUUAUUCCUCCAGUAGCUCAGCAGCUUCACAGAGAAAAUAUUCAGCGAAUUGUACAAGAAUCUCUUUCUGCCGGUAGAAUUUCUCCAAGGGAACUCUCAGCAGUUGCAACUACCGUAAAGCCAGGACUUGCAUUAAGCCUGGGAGUAGGCUUAUCAUUUAGCUUGCAGCUGGUAAACCAGUUAAAAAAGCCUUUCAUUCCCAUUCAUCACAUGGAGGCCCAUGCACUUACUAUUAGGUUGACCAAUAAAGUAGAAUUUCCCUUUUUAGUUCUUUUGAUUUCUGGAGGUCACUGCCUACUGGCAUUAGCCCGAGGAGUUUCAGAUUUUCUGCUUCUUGGAAAGUCUUUGGACAUAGCACCAGGUGACAUGCUUGACAAGGUGGCAAGAAGGCUUUCUUUAAUCAGACAUCCUGAGUGCUCCGCCAUGAGUGGUGGGAAGGCUAUAGAACAUUUGGCCAAACAAGGAAAUAGAUUUCAUUUUGAUAUUAGUCCACCCAUGCAACAUGCUAAGAAUUGUGAUUUUUCUUUUUCUGGACUUCAACAUGUUAUUGAUAAAAUAAUAACACAAAAGGAAAAAGAGGAAGGUAUUGAGAAGGGACAAAUCCUGUCUUCAGCUGCAGACAUUGCUGCUGCAGUACAGCACACAACAGCAUGCCAUGUUGCAAAAAGAACACAUCGUGCUAUUCUGUUUUGCAAGCAGAGAGACUUGUUAUGUCAAAGUAAUGCAGUACUAGUUGUAUCUGGAGGUGUUGCAAGUAACUUGUAUAUCCGAAGAGCUCUGGAAAUUGUAGCAGAUGCAACACAAUGCACUUUGUUAUGUCCUCCUCCCAAACUGUGCACUGAUAAUGGCAUUAUGAUUGCAUGGAAUGGUAUUGAAAGAUUACGUGCUGGCUUGGGCAUUUUACAUGAUGUAGAAGGCAUCCGCUAUGAACCAAAAUGUCCUCUUGGAGUAGAUAUAUCGAAAGAAGUUGGAGAAGCAGCCAUAAAAGUACCACGAUUAAAAAUGAAGAUAUGAUGUUUGCUUUCCAAAAAGUCUCUAAAGUCUAUCUAUUAGAAAGUUGUGACUCAGAAGAAAAGACAAAAAAGAGGAGGUAAUGUGACAUCGGAGGUGAAGAUUGGAGUGAUGUGAAUACAAGCCAAGGAAUAUCUUGAUUCUCCUCUAGAGCCUCCUGUGUAGCCUGAUUUCAGAUUGCUAGUCUCCAGAACUGUAAGAGAAUAAAUUUUGGUUG